UCUGACCAGGAUGAACGCGUGCGGAUUAUAAUUGGCGGCUUCGAAGGCCAGACUUUGCAGGCUAUCCUCCUCCUCCCCACUCGGCACGAUCUUUCUGGUCGAGUGGAACGGAACCGAUUCGCAGAAGAAGCGAAGCUUGAAGGCGGUGAUGUGACGAUCCAUCCAAGCUUUACUUCGCCUGCCUUAUCUUUAUGUAUGGAUGGAAAUGUCUCCGUAACCCGUCCUUCAACGCCCCGUGCACAGGUCAUGAUUCGAUUCACCAUCGGGACAUCGGAAACCCACAGGAAGUUACAGUCACGAUCACCGCCCUAUUUGGGCAUCGCGCCAGCUGUGCCCAAGGCCUUUUUGGUGUCGUAUGCCAUGUCCCUGGCUCAGAUGGGCCAGCAAAGCCAACACACUAUGAAGUAUAUAUCUUGUGUCUGCUCCAGGGGACCGCCGAGGGACAUUUGUUUUUUCUCUCUCUUUAGAGCCAGAAGUCCUUCGUCGUCGUCCCUUCUUCAUUCGACCUUCCUUGAGUUGCUUGAGCAAACCCCUCUGUCACAAUGUCCCAUUUACCGAGGUACUCUCCAGAGUACGGAGAUGAUCCAUGCCCCUCCGACAUGGAAACCAACCCUGGUUCAGGAGGUGACGGCGACGGCAAUGUAUACUGGCAAAAUUAUACCCACGAGCCAGACCAACAAGAUUAUUAUGACAACCAGACAGACAAUUAUGUUCCGACGGGAGAUCCCAACGACCCCGCCGGUAGCAACGACUUCCCUGAAGUCAGCACCGGCGACGAGCAUGGUUAUCACUUCCAGCCGACGCAAGCAGCCCAAGACGCCCACCACCACCAGAGCACUGACUCAUUCGUCGACGAGCAUGGUCAUCACUUCCAGCCGACGCAAGCAGGCCAAGACGCCGACCGCCGCCAGAGCACCGAGUCGUUCGUCGACGAACGCCGGGGCAGCUUCGACCGGCGCGAAGAGUACCGCACCGCCCCGCACAGGGCGUCGUUACGUCGGCGCGCCGAGGUCAGCGACCGCACCCGCGAGCCCUACAGGAAGUGUAGGCCCCGGGACGAGCAGUUGAGGAGUAAAGGGUCGAGCGGCAAUGGGUCGAGCAGUAAGGAGUCGAGCAGCAAGGGGUCGAGUAGCAAUAGCUCAAGCAGUAAGGGGUCGAGCGAUAGGGAUUCGAGUAGCAAAAGGUCGAGCGGCAAGGGUUCGAGUAGAAAGGACCGCUAA